AUGAAGACCUUUAUCCAGUUCAUUACUACUCCCACGGUCGAUACUCCUGGGACCGCCCUCCUUCUCCAUUUCGAUGACAAGCGAUACAUGUUUGGGAACCUCGCAGAAGGCACCCAAAGGGCAUGUGUUGAACGGGGGUUUAAGCUUUCGCGAGUGACGGACAUCUUUUUCACAGGGAAGACAACAUGGUCCACUCACGGUGGUGUCAUGGGCAUGUUGCUAACCCUGGCUGAUGCGCUGGCAAAUACUUCAUCAUCCCUUUUAGAAUCGGUGGAUGCAAAGAUCGCGGAAUUGGAAACACUACGGGAUACAGCGACCGAUUCUAGAGCUCGAACCAACGCUGAAACAAAUUUGCUUAGGCGUCGUGAAGAACGGUCAAGGCUGGAGGCGAUAGCGGAACAACGGUCUACGCUGUCCCUGCACGGAGGCCCAAAUUUAACUCAUACCAUCGCUACAGGACGAAGGUUUAUCUGCCGACAAGGUAUGCCGAUAUGUAUCCAGGAGUUCAAUGGAGACCUAGAUGGGGAUACUUCCAAUGCGUCCCCGGAAACACUAGGAAAGCCUACCUCGAGCGACGACCACAUAAAAGUCUGGGCUCUUCCGAUUAUGCCAUCCACCCGCCCUAGAAUCAACAGGAGGAAAAGGAGCCAUGAUGAAUUUGAGGAGAGUGUUUCGUUAUCAGAUCCCCCAUCACUCUCUGAACAACGCCAGAAAGACCAAAUUUUUCGCCAAGCAGUUGUUUCGCAAAUGUUCAACUCCGAUUGGCGUAUGGAUACGUUGGUGGAAAUGCCUCUUGCCGAAGUUUCCCUUCCGGCCACUCUUUUCAUCCGCAAUCCCGAUACUCAGCAAAUCCAGCCUUACACUGGGCCCAAACCCGGUGACAGCGAGCCAUUACCUGACAUCAGGGUCCUGGUUCGCAAGCCGUGGCCAGGGGCUUUGGUUGAAUCGCUCCCGGCGACUUCCCCUUCGGAAUGUUCAAUGUCAUAUAUUAUUCGGAACCAUGACGUAAGGGGAAAGUUCGACGCCAAAAAGGCUGCCGCUCUAGGCGUGCAACGAGGUCCUGAUUAUAGAAAACUGACCGAAAACCAAAGCGUGCUUUCGAAAGACGGACAGACCAUCACACCGGAUAUGGUACUAGGAGAAAGCCGCAUAGGUAAAGGUGUUGCUAUAAUAGAACUCCCGACUGUGGACUAUAUUGAGAACUUGCUUUCAAGACCGGAAUGGCAAUCACCUGAGGUCACGAAAGGGCUCGUUGUUUUCAUAUGGAUACUGGGAAAAGGGGUUGGUUCUGACCAAAAACUACAAGAAUUCAUAUCUACUAUGCCACAAGCUAAACAUAUAUUUUCGUCUCCGGACUACUCCCAUAACGAACUCACUUUUAGAGCUGUUGCUAGGUCGACCAUUGAGUUCUCCGAGAUUGACAGCACGCGUUAUAGCCCCCCGAAUUGUUCGGAUUGCCAUGGUCUAAAGCCGCUGAAUUCGGACAUCCGCAUUGCCGAACCCGGGGCGGUAGUGGAUUUAGAACCACAGUUUGACAUCCAUAGUUCCCAGACGGAAAGGGAGAUUGAUAUCAAGCAGAUAAAAGAGAGUGUCAGCGGUUUAGCACGAGGACAUGUGGAUGCCGUACGGCAGAAGUUCAAUGACCCUUCCUUUCAAGAAAAGGUGGAAGCCUUUAAACAAAAAAUCCCCGACAGCGACGCGGAGAUAAUCACUCUUGGUACUGGCUCGUCCCUACCUUCAAUGUAUCGAAACGUGUCCGCGACGCUGCUUCGGGUUCCUGGCUCUGGAAGUUAUCUCUUUGACUGUGGAGAGGGCACUUUGGGGCAAUUACAACGGGUUUUCAGCCCUGAAGAAUUGAAAGAGGUGCUGCGAGAAUUAAAGGUCAUAUGGAUAAGCCACCUGCAUGCUGACCAUCACUUGGGCACCGUGUCCAUCAUCAAGGCCUGGUACGAAGAGGUCUUUGGCGCUUUGCCACAGCGGCAAGCAGAUUUCGAAACAGACCUUUCACGGUUUUUGAGUGAAAGACGGCUCUGUGUUGUGUCGGAUAUACACAUGCUCGACUGGUUGGCAGAGUAUUCGCAUGUCGAAAAUUAUGGUUACGACAAGAUCGUCCCACUUGCUGCCACGUCCUAUGUACAUCCUAAUCGCCAUAUUUCCAGCAUUCUCACUCUGCACCGGCGCGAUAAGAGUGGCCUCGUGAUCGAGUCCACCGGCGAGAACAGGGGUGAAUGGUUCAAUUUCGACUUUCCCAAUCAUCCAUCAACCACCCUCUUCCGGUCAGCUACUGGUCUAAAGUCUAUUUUCACUGUGCCUGUUUCGCACUGUCAAGGCGCAAAGGCCGUUUCCUUUACGUUCCCCUCGGGCCUCAAAGUUUCUUACUCGGGAGACUGUCGGCCAUCCGAAGCUUUUACCCGGAUUGGCCGUGACUCCACCGUCCUCUUACACGAGGCAACCUUUGAAGACGACAUGAUUUCCGACGCCUUAUCAAAGAGGCACUCAACUCUCAGUGAGGCUUUAAUGGUCGGGAAGGAAAUGCGAGCCAAGAUGGUUGUCUUGACGCAUUUUAGUCAACGAUAUCGCGAAAUGCCAAACAUCGAAAAAGCCAAGAAAACUGGGUUUGUACCAAGCUUUAACCAACGCAGGUCAAACCCGCCCACUGCCGUCCGCGAUAUCCCUGCAACUGGGGAUGAACAGCAAUCCGCAGAAACACCAGAGGCACCUGACACAACCGACGAUCUGGCCUCGAAAGGUGACGCUUGUUUGCAAAAGUCGCUUGGCGAUGAUGUUCCUGUCAUCCUUGCAUUCGACUACAUGCGCCUUCGUCUUGGGGAUGCACUACACGCUGAGGCCUAUAUGCAUGCAAUGAAAGAGCACUUGUCAACGUCCGGCGUGGAGUUUUAA